AUGUCGAAACUUGAGCUGAGUCUGGACGAGGUCAUCAUGUCGGAUAAGAAGAAGAAGCAAUUCAGGGAAAAGGCGAAGCAGACCGUCCGUGGCGGCUCGGGCAAGGGUGGUCGGGCAACUGGUGGAGGCCGAACUGGUGGUGGUGGGGGCGGUGGUGGUCGGCAGCAAGGUGGAGGCCAGCAGCAGCAGGAGAGACGCCAGGGCGGUGGCGUCCAGCGCGGCCAGCGCCGAACUCGAGGACAGAGGGCCACCCCUUACGACAAGGGUAACCCAGAGAACAUGUGGUCGCACGAUCUCUACAACGAGGACGAGGAGCGCAGACGCGGCGGCGGCGUGGACAGGGACCUCGGCAACACCGGCUUCCUGAAGCGCUCGCUGGGCGGCGGCGGCGGCGGCGGCGACAAGACCACUGUCGAGAUCACCAACCUCAGUUACGACGUGUCCAGCGACGACCUCAAGCGUCUGCUGGGCGGCGAUGGCGACCUGCUCAAGGUCCACAUCGCGUUCGACAGGUCUGGCAGGUCGGAGGGUACCGCGAAGGCCGUGUUCGAGUCGCGCGAGGCCGCCAACAGGGCCAUCAGGGACUUUGACGGCGCCGAGCUCGAGGGGCAGGUCCUGUCGCUCGCCAUCGUCGCCAACGAGGCCUCGCGCGGCAGGCGAGGCGGCGGCGGCGGUGCCAAGAAGGUGGGCGACGGCAACUUCCAGCUCUCGACGGCCGGUGGCCGCAAGGUCAUCACCAGGGUACGCGCAUCUGAUGACAGGGCCUUCUUGUAA